CGUUUAACUGAACAUUAGCUGCUUUCAGGUGUGUUUAAAUUUUAAUUUAUUAGAUAAUAGAUAAUUAGAUAAUAGCUCCAUAUCACAUGUCGGAGCUGGCAGAUGAGACGGGGAGCGGCGACGUUUGACCUAGUUUGGAGGAAACGCUUGUCAUAUUUCCUCCCCAUCACUUCCCAGCUCAUAGGUCUUCUCAUUCAGAAAGUUUGACAUCUUCGCUGCACAACGUGUGGGAUACCCGAGAUGGGCGUACUGCCAAACACGCCGGCUGAGCUCGAGGUAUUUGUCGUUUGAAGAAUUGGACAACUAGAACCAAUGUAAACUGUCGACAUUUCUAGUUCUCCGACAGCAGGACUGACUCUUAGAUGAAUGUGUGUUGACAUGGAAGCACAAAACAACAACCACCCUGCUUUGGACAAUCACAACAUCCUAUGCAUGCUUGCUGCUCAGGGGGAUCAGAGACACGUAUCAAGCCUUCAUCAUUGCUGCACUAUGGCAAACUUCCGCAUUGAAAAGAAGAUUGGUCGUGGUCAGUUCAGUGAGGUCUAUAAAGCCACAUACCUGCUGGAUGGACAGCUGGUUGCACUCAAAAAAGUUCAGAUUUUUGAGAUGAUGGAUGUGAAGGCUCGUCAGGACUGCCUUAAGGAGAUUGAUCUGCUAAAGCAACUGAAUCACCUUAACGUAAUCAAGUACCUGGGCUCUUUUAUCGAAGACAAUGAGCUGAACAUUGUUCUGGAGCUGGCAGAUGCUGGAGAUCUUUCUCAAAUGAUAAAGCACUUCAAGAAAAAGCGACGGCUGAUACCAGAGAAGACGAUCUGGAAAUAUUUUGUACAGCUGUGCAGUGCCCUGGAGCACAUGCAUUCACGCAGGGUCAUGCACCGGGAUAUCAAGCCAGCCAAUGUGUUCAUAACAGCCACAGGGGAGGUAAAACUGGGAGAUCUUGGAUUAGGACGCUUCUUCAGCUCUAAAACCACAGCAGCACAUUCUUUAGUGGGAACCCCUUACUACAUGUCACCAGAAAGGAUCCAUGAGAAUGGAUACAACUUCAAAUCAGACAUCUGGUCCCUGGGUUGUCUUCUGUAUGAGAUGGCUGCACUACAGAGUCCAUUUUAUGGGGACAAAAUGGACCUUUUGUCCCUUUGUCAAAAGAUUGAGCAGUGUGACUACCCUCCACUCCCAUCUGACCAUUACUCAAAGAAGCUGCGUGACCUGGUCAGCAUGUGCAUCAACCCAGACCCAGUCCAGAGGCCUGACAUUGUCUUCGUGCUACAGACAGCCAAACAGAUGCACAUGUGGAUGUCCAGCACCUGAACGAGUGGAGCCCACUCUGCCCGGUCUGAGGAGCUUGGCUGCAGCUGCUGCUUCAGAAAUCAGCUUGGGCUUCCAUUUCUCAAGCAAAAUCUAAGAGAUGUGCUUUAGUGCACUAAGGUGUUUUUCUGUGAAUACUUCCAAUCCAUUUGUCAUGACUGUGAUAAAGAGGCACCGUAGCAGAAUUAGCAUUCAGCAAGUGAGUUUUUCUAUGGCUGGUGUCUGACCUUGAAGAAAUGUUUGUUCCUCUCAUCAUUCCUUACAGUCAUUAGACUUAAGUUCUAACAACUGAACAAAUGAUUGGGGCCAAAUGAAGUGCAUCCCAGUGAGUCAUGCUUAUAGACUGGUCCAAAAGUUACUCAAAUUGGAUUAGUAAGGAGGCUUGUGAAUGUGCCAAGUGAGCUGUUUAUAAGUGAUGUUUAUGAUUUUUGUUCUUAUAAGCAGCAGAGAAAAUCCAGCCCCAUGCUUAGGAAGAAUUCAACAUGUUCAGUUUCCAUGGAUAACAGAUCCUGCCAAAAUUGAGAACAAAUAUAAAAAUAAAUAAAUGGCUUGAAAAAGUGA